AAGCUUGGACCUACGCAUGCACGCACGCUUUAUGUCGUCAUUUUGCUUUCCGUUCGAAGAUAAAUCCGUUUUGAGAUGGGUGUUUCUUGAUUGAGUGAGUCGGGUUCAAUUUCAAGGAGGCUUUUCCUGCUGAUCUAAUGAAUACGAUUUUGUUAGGCAAGGAGGCCCCACAACCUGUUCCUGAUGAGAUUCCUCUGGUCCCCACGUGAUUUGUCGAUGAUGACAUCCCAUUGCUAACCAAUGUGAAUAACAAUUCGAGGAAGCCGUACCAAGUUUUGGGCAUCAUGCCGCAUUCGGGCUCCUCUUCCAAUUUGAGUACCCUCUACGCCUCCAAAUCGGUACUCAAUGCGGGCGAAGACGACGAAUACGAGUGCCACGGGUUUCGGAGCAAGCUCCUGCGAACCAUUUUGGCUCACAUGAUGUCGUGGUUGCUCUUGGGCUUGCCUUACCUCAUAGGACAUUGGAAACCGGAAUGGCGGGUGGCUUGGUUCAAAUCUAAAUGCUCGCUGUACAUCGCUGACACGGUGUUAUUGGUGGAUCUGUUGGGAGGAGCCAGUGUCGAAAAAGUGAUUUCGGUUGAGGUCGACGAGGAUUUUCCGGAAGAGUUUGCAGUUCGGCCACGAGGAUUGGCGGCCCUGUUUGCCAAUCUAGAUACAAAUCCUCUCGUGGAGAAUGAUGCACUCAUGCAUCGCUUCUUCAUUCAUAAGCAUUUGAAAUAUGCUUUGAACACGCGAGAGAAUACCUUCUGUUUGGUGAGGGCCUUAGAUUCAGGUCACGCUGUGUCCGGAUUUCACACGGAUUUUACCGGAUACUCGACGCAUGAUCAGAUUCAACGACAAGUGCUUUUCGGGCUCAACAGUAUUGAGAUCGAGGUUAAAUCGUAUCUGAAGCUGCUCUUUGAGGAAGUCCUGAAUCCUUUCUAUAUUUUUCAAAUUGGUUCCAUGAUUUUAUGGAGCUUUGAUAACUACUAUUACUAUGCCACGUGCAUCCUUUUAAUUUCACUCAUCUCGAUUGGUGUGUCCUUGGUGGAAACUCGCCGACAAAGCCAAGCUCUCCACGAUAUGGUUUCAUCCAGCAAUGACCUCGCCGUUACAGUGUGUCGAGGUGAAAGGGAAUUUGAAGAGAUCCCGUCCCCGGCCAUUGUUCCAGGGGAUCUGAUCACCAUUCCCGCUCAUGGCUGUGUUAUGGCCUGCGAUGCUGUACUGAUUUCCGGCACUUGUAUCGUGAACGAGUCUAUGCUGACAGGGGAAUCUGUGCCGGUGACGAAAUCCGCUUUACCGCAUGCCGAUGAAGAAGAGGAUUAUGACAUUGAGAAGCAUAAGCGGCACACGUUGUUCGCCGGAACGUCGAUUAUUCAAACCCGAUACUAUGGGAACUCCCACGUGUUGGCCGUGGCUGUCCGCACUGGAUUUCAAACAUCCAAGGGAGAAUUGAUCCGUUCCAUUUUGUUCCCAAAGUCCAUGGGUUUCAAGUUCUAUCAGGAUUCAAUUCGAUUCAUAUGUGUUUUAUUCUUCAUUGCUGCAAUGGGUAUGUGCUAUUGCAUUUACGUGUACGUCCAUCGAGGCUCGACGCUGCAAAUGAUUGUUCUGAGAUGCCUCGAUAUUAUCACCAUUGUGGUGCCACCCGCAUUACCUGCAGCCAUGACGGUCGGCACCUACUACGCUCAAAACCGAUUGAAGGCGAGCAAGAUCUUUUGCAUUUCGCCUCAGAAAAUCAACGUGUGUGGCAAGUUGAAGCUGAUCUGCUUCGACAAAACAGGGACUCUGACGGAGGAUGGUCUUGACAUGUGGGGUGUGGUGGGCGUGGCCGAGGAUGAAUUCGAUCAGCCCGAAAACGAUAUGACCAAGCUGAAGAAUACCUGCAAGAUGAAGACUUGUUUGGCUGCUUGUCACUCGUUGACUUUGAUUGAUAACGAACUGACGGGAGAUCCCUUAGACAUCAAGAUGUUUGAAUCCACGGAUUGGGUCUUGGAAGAAGCCGGCGAAGAUACCUCAAAAUUUGAUAUGAUCAUGCCGAGUGUGGUUCGACCCCGACGCUCUGGGCUCGCGAGCAUUGAAACCGAUUCCCUGGAGGACGAUCUACCGUUUGAGGUGGGAAUCAUUCGCCAGUUCACAUUUAGUUCCUCUGUCGCUCGGAUGUCCGUGAUAACGCGAACUCUAGGGGCUAGAAAAUUUGACGUGUUUACCAAAGGGGCUCCAGAAAAAAUCGAAACGCUUUGUCUACCCGAGACGAUACCGCACAAUUUUCACACUCAAUUGAGACACUACACGCUCCAGGGCUUUCGAGUGAUUGCCUUAGCUCAUCGGACCCUGCCCGCAGAAAUUAAUUGGAUGAAAGCCCAGAAAAUCAAAAGAGACGUGGUGGAGAAAGAUUUGAAAUUCCUCGGUUUUCUUAUCAUGAAAAACACCCUUAAGUUAGAAACCACUCCAGUGAUUCGGGAACUGCGAUCAGCCUCAAUCCGAUGUGUCAUGGUCACCGGAGAUAAUCUCCUAACAGCAAUUUCGGUGGCCAGGGAUUGCAAGAUGAUCAAUCACGGUGACAAAGUAAUAGUCGUCGAGGCACACGAAACCGAAGACAGUUCGUUGUCCUCUGACGGAUAUCAAAGGGAACACUAUUCCUUAUCCUUCUCGGAGACGGAGAAUGCUGAGAAAAGAGACGUCUCCUUGAGAGACGAUUUUAAUGCGGGUACCAUUCGUGAUACUAUUGACUUGGAACGUGGCAACUUGACCAUUUUGGAUCAAUCGUUUCGAGAUUACCACUUUGCCAUGUCAGGCAGAACUUGGGGAGUGGUCAAAAGUCAUUUCCCACACCUCUUACCCAAGUUGAUUCUGAAAGGGACCAUCUUCGCGCGAAUGGCUCCGGAUCAGAAAGCGCAACUGGUCGAGGAACUUCAAGGCAUUGAUUAUAUCGUCUCAAUGUGUGGCGAUGGGGCCAAUGACUGUGGGGCCCUGAAGGCCGCCCAUGUGGGCAUAAGUCUGUCGGAGGCCGAGGCGUCCGUGGCCGCCCCAUUUACCUCGAGCAUCCCGAACAUUACUUGCGUACCCAUUGUCAUUCGAGAGGGACGAUGUGCCUUGGUCACUUCGUUUGGCGUGUUCAAGUACAUGGCCUUGUAUUCAAUGAUUCAAUUUGUCUCGGUCCUUCUCCUUUAUACCUUGAAGACCAACCUGGGUGACGCUCAGUUCUUAUACAUUGACCUCGUCAUCACCACGGUGGUGGCCAUCCUCAUGAGCUGGACGGGAGCCUAUCCCAAAAUUGUGGCCAAACGACCUCCGGGCUCGUUAGUGUCCGGUCCCAACUUGUUCUCGCUCCUGAUCCACAUCCUCCUGACUGUGGGCUUUCAAGUAGGUGCCUAUCUUUACCUGACCACUGAGUCUUGGUAUGAACCCAAUGAUCCCAUUAAUCCCGAGGAAGAAGUGAUCCUGUGUUGGGAAACCACCACCGUCUUCCUCGUGUCCUCCUUCCAGUACCUCAUUCUCGCCACGGCCUUCUCCAAGGGACCUCCUUACCGCAAGACCUUCUUCACGAACAUUCCCUUCUUCUUGGCAUUGGUGGGGCUGACCAGUUUCACCAUUGGCCUGACCAUCUACCCGGGCUCUGUCUUGGCCAAUUUCCUACAGAUCAUGUUCCGUCCAGAGCAUCCCUGGGGUCGUUGGAAAUUCAGGGCCACACUACUCGUCCUGGCUUUCUUGAAUAUGAUAGCGGCCUUUCUGGUUGAGCAUGUAGUCGUGGAAAGUGCAUGGCUGAAGCGAGCCUCACAUUUCGUGUUGAAUAAGAAGGAACCCAAGAAUAAGUUCAAGAUCAUAGACAAGGACAUGUUGGCGGACCUCGAGUGGCCUCCCAAUAGCCAACACAAUUGGAGGGACUAUCAAGCAUUCAGUUCCAGUUUGAGUUGAGUCUCCAAUGCAACGUUGCUCCUAGAUCAAAUUCCCCCCCGGGUUGAAUUCUUUAAUUUUGUAUGUCUAGUGAUAUAUGCGUAUGGAUCUUGAAAUGGAUUCAGCCUCCCACUUUUCUACGGUCAGAUAAAUGUAACUGAAAAUCGUUUCCAUUGUCAAGUGUUUUGCUACUUCAUAAAGAACCAAGCAUGCGCUUUUACUAACGUUGUUUUAUACGGAUUCAACCGGAAAUGCAAACAACACUUAAUAA